GGAUGACUUCUAUCUGUCGAUUUCGUGGUGUUUUGCUAUAGUCAUGGUCGCUGUCUUGUUUUUCAAUACUUCCCCAGCAGCUUUCUGUUGGCUCACCAUUUCUUCCUCUGCUACCUCCUCCUCUGAUGGGAGAGAAAGAUAAGACUUGGAGGGGAACUGGAUCAACAGCAACAGGCUUCACAAAAGAAGCCCUCAGACAGGACAGAAGUAAGGGACCAGGGAGGCGUUCUGUGAGCCUGGGAGAGCGGCGGCCUGAUACAGCGAAAGAACAAGAUGUGAAAUCAGACCCACGUGCAAGGAUCAGCUCUCCUUGGCUUAGCUGCAUGACCCUGGCUGACGCCUGCCGCCUCUCUAUAGGUGCCAGUCGCACCACAGAAGCUCUCGGCACCACAGUGACCAGUCUGGGGACUCACAGCUGCAGUGAUGAGCUACCCCCUCACCCUGGACAUGGAACUCAUGAACUACAACCUGGAGGAUCUGUACAAGGAACUGGCCAGCUACAAUGACAGCACAGAGAGCCCUUUCCUCGAGAGCCACUUCUGUUCCACAGCCGAAGGGCCCCUCCUGACCUCCUUCAAGGCCGUGUUCAUGCCAGUGGCCUACAGCUUCAUCUUCCUCCUGGGCAUGAUGGGCAACAUCCUGGUGCUGGUGAUCCUGGAGCGGCACCGGCAGACACGCAGCUCCACCGAGACCUUUCUGUUCCACUUGGCGGUGGCUGACCUCCUCCUGGUCUUCAUCCUGCCCUUUGCUGUGGCUGAGGGCUCGGUGGGCUGGGUCCUGGGGACCUUCCUGUGCAAGACUGUGAUUGCCCUGCACAAGAUCAACUUCUACUGCAGCAGUCUGCUGCUGGCCUGCAUCGCCGUGGACCGCUACCUGGCCAUCGUCCAUGCUGUCCACGCCUACCGCCACCGCCGCCUCCUCUCCAUCCACAUCACCUGCGCGGCCAUCUGGCUGGCGGGCUUCCUCUUUGCAUUGCCAGAGAUCCUCUUCGCCAAGGUCAGCCAACCCCAUCACAACGACUCUCUGCCACGCUGCACCUUCUCCCAAGAGAAUCAAGCCGAAACCAAUGCCUGGUUCACCUCCCGCUUCCUGUACCAUGUUGGGGGCUUCCUGCUGCCGAUGCUGGUGAUGGGCUGGUGCUACGUAGGGGUGAUUCACAGACUUUGCCAGGCCCAGCGGCGCCCUCAACGGCAGAAGGCAGUCAGGGUGGCCAUCCUGGUGACCAGCAUCUUCUUUCUCUGCUGGUCACCCUACCAUAUUGUCAUCUUCCUGGACACCCUGGCAAGGCUGAAGGCCGUGGACAAUAGCUGCGAGCUGAACGGCUACCUCCCCGUGGCUAUCACCAUGUGUGAGUUCCUGGGCCUGGCUCACUGCUGCCUCAAUCCCAUGCUCUACACCUUCGCUGGCGUGAAGUUUCGCAGUGACCUCUCUCGGCUUCUGACCAAGCUGGGCUGUGCUGGCCCUGCCACCCUGUGCCAGCUCCUCCCAAGCUGGCGCAGGAACAGUCUCUCCGAAUCAGAGAAUGCCACCUCUCUCACCACCUUCUAGACCCCGAUGCCCCCCUUUAUUUCUGCUUCCCUUGGGGCAUUCGGGAAUGCAGACCAUGGAGGUCAGUGUCCCGUGGGGCAGUGAGAUGAACCAGCUCCCCUUAAGGAUGUCUCUGCAGCUCUUCUGAUGGCCUUGGGGCUGGGCUGAAGCCCAACGAGGGAAAGGAGCCAAAAGGCAAAGCAAAGGCUGUCUGUACCCCAUCUGCAUCUCCCUGAGCCGAGAGGACCCCACCCACCUUCAGCCAGCCUCACCAGCCAAAGCACAAGAACCAACUUUUACUUCUACCUUGGCUAAGGAGGAAAGCCAGUCCCCCACCAGAACGCACGGCAUCACCUUUGGGCUGUUCACUGCCACAGCUGCCCACCUUGCCUCCGAUGCCAUUUGCUGAACCAAGCCAGGAGAAGCUGGGCGCCACAGGAUGAGCCAAGAUGAAGGCCAAGGAACAGCCAGCUGGCAGCCGUGUGGUCUUAAUGCAUCUCGGGCCCUUAAACUCAGACAUUCUGCCAGGACCCCAGCCCUUCAGCCAUCUUAACCGAGUAGGAAGGUUGGAUUGAUUCACUUUAAGUAGCUGCCUUGGCUGUGACCAAGCACUAGGUCAGCCCAGUGUCACUACUGACCUAGUAACAUGGGCUGCAGAGUGAGAACAGACUCUAAGUACCCACAGAGGGCUGCCAGUGCCCUGGUCGGGAAGAACUAGGAGAGGACUCCAGUGGAGGAGUGGAACAUCUCCUUCCCCGGCCCCCAGAGGGAACACUCAUCAAACUCUGCCCAGGGCCUAGGUGGAGGCGGUGGAGAGUUCCCAGGAUGGAUGUUAAGACGCGGAAUCCAGGGCCCUGGUGGGUUCUGGGUACUGACAGAGGGGAGGAUAUACCUGGCACCUUUUCCACAGUCUACAAGGCCUAUAAAAACUGAAGAGCAGAGGGGUGCAGGCCGCAGCAGAAGGCACACUUAGCUAAAAAUCAGAAUGGAUUAAAACCCGCCAGGGAGAAAGACACAGUGAAGAGGUUCCUGUGGAAGGCCUCCCGUCCAGCCCCCCACCCCCCACGUCACCUGAGGUAGGACAGUGUGAAAACUAAACUGGGCAGGGAAUUCCCCAGACCCCAGGAAGCCCGCCCGGCCCUAGAGGAUACCACUCAGAUGGAACCGGAGGAAGCUGCUCCAUGCUUAGGGAGGCCUGUCAGUCACUUCCGGGCCCUCCUUCCCCAUCUCAGCCUAGACCGGGGUGUGGGUCAGAGCCCCUGUACCUGCUGAGGGCCCAUCUGGGCUCCCUACUCCUCAAGCCCAUCAACCAAACUCCUUGGGGAGAUCAGGGCUGUGACCCCAGAGGAGACCAUGCCCUUACUGUGAAAUGACGGGGAAGCCCUGUGAUCCCCUUUUUUCCUCUCUGGCACUUUAAUAAGCAAGCUGGGUAGUGGAGAAACCAGACACAGAAGCAAGAAAGCCACAGGUUGGAUUUUGAAUUUUCUUUUUAAUAAAAAGGCACCUAUAAAACAGGUCAAUACAGUACAGGCAGCACAGAGACCCCCCGGAACAAGCCUAAAAAUUGUUUCAAAAUAAAAACCAAGAUGUCUUCACAUAUUGUAUUUAUAUAUUUAUAUUUAUAUAUAUAUAUUUAUAUAAUGGUACAAAAUGGCUGGGGGUAUGGCCGUGGAUGGAGGAGAAAGGCUGGCCGGUAGAGCUCACCUGGGUAAACUAGUGGCGGCGAUGGGAGCAGAGGGGACCAGGAGGCCGCAGGCCCUUUGUGGUCUAGGCCCGCUCCUGGGGCAGGGAACACUUAGACAGUUUGAGCAGUCUCGGGGCGGGGGCAGGGCUUGGGGGCACAGGACCCCGGGCAGAGGCGGGCAGCCUGGCAGGAUGGAAGGCAAGUGCUCCCCCAACAGAGACCCUGCCACGGCCCCGAGGGCACUGGGGGAGUCAGGAGCCCACAGCCAGCCCAACAGGAGGAAGUGGCGCUUAGCCUGGCUGACUUGGACCAAGAGGUCAGCACCAGACUGGGAGAAGUGGGCACAAAUUCCCUUUGUAUCACAGCUGCCAAGGUGAGACCAGGCCCUGCAGACAGGAGGGCUGGGAACGGGAUUCUGGUAGAAGACACCCUGUCUAGAGUGGCCCUUGGCCCUACAGGCGGGGCACAAGAGGGCUGGGGCAGCUGCCCCGCCACCUCACAGGGCAGGAAAGGAAGUGAGAAAAAAGAGGUUUCUUACUGCUAGGGCCAGUGGGGUCCAAACACCCAGUCCCUUAUGGCUUCAGCUCUGGCCAGUGGCAGGUGAGGAGCCCUCCAGGGAAAGGAGGAGGGGCCUGAGGGGAAAGCAGUGGCUGCACCUGGGCGAGCACAGACAGAUGGCACACAGCCCUGAGCCCUGGGCAGAGGGACCCAGCCAGCGAGGGGGCAGGCAGGGAAGAGCGGCCAGGAAGUUCCAGCCCCUUGGUGCUUCCUCGGCUCCAUCCUGAGGGUUGCGGGCUGGAGGAGGUGGACUAACCCAGCCGAACCCUGCUCCUUCCUUCUUUGGUAAGAAGUAGGUGGCCGCCUCUGGAAGAGCCGGAGCCCCUGGCCAUUUCCUGGUCCAGGGCUAGGGCAGCCGGGCUCCUGCACCAUCAGGCCCUCCCUGGCUCCGCUCAGACUCUGCCUCUUCCUCUUUUCCUUCAUCCCACACUGGAGACAAAGGGCUUCAAGUUCUGGCUAAGACAUAGCAGCAGGGGCACCCAGACCUCUCCAGCGGGAAGCCACCACCCAGUGUGACUGGUGUGAUGAACACGUGUACACGUUCCUCAGGAGUCACUCAGCAGCAGGCAGGCCACUGCCCUGGCGGGGGGGGGGGGUGGUGUCUCAGCCUUGCUGGGCUCACAGGUGGAAGCCUUGGUGGCCUGACCUCAGCUUAGGUGUGGGGCACCUAUGUCAUCUUACCACUUGGAGAGGGUACAGAAAUGGUGUCCUCUAUGGACUCAGAGACACUGCACAGUGGGUGGGUGGGUAAGACCGAAUGUCCCUGGGUCCACGGGAAUGAAGGGGGCAAUCAUCUGGAGAGAGGGAAGGGUUUCAUUUAUCUUUUUUUCUAUGACUUCUAUCAAAACACAGAAAUACAGCACACGCACAAACCGGCACGAAAGCGCAGGGCUCUAUUUACAGCUCUGGCUGGCACCUGCCCACCUGGCCAGCCGCCUGCAAGGGGUGUUGGGAGAGGGUCAGCCACGUCGGCAGCAAGAGGGAAUGAGACAGGAGAAAACAGAAGGGAAAACGGGUAGGAGCACAGGAAGGAGAGAACAGGAGCUCGGAGUUCAAGCGAUGGGGAGACAGCGGCAGGAAGGGUCUAGGGGACACCUUCUUCUCUCCCCCCAGGACCCAGAGCAUAGCUAGAGAGAGGCGGGAGCUGCAGAGAAGAGAAAGGGGGAAAGAGUCUCCAUAGGAACAGGGAGGGCAGGGAAGGGGUAUACUGGUGGCCAAAA